UCGGACCCACUCGCGUUUCUCCCGGCCGACGCACGCACGCGGUAGAAAGUCGAUCGCUAGAAUUGUGUUCUUCGUGAUAAUAAAAUUGUGAUUUUUGCGGUUGGAUUGUUAACUGACAAUAGUGUUACGUGUCCCAAAGUCAGUGACAGUCGGAUGGACGUGCAGUGAAGAUCGAGUGAAAGUCGGUAAUCUCCCGGUGUGGGAAGGAAGCACAAUGGAUCACCUGUUCCGCCAGCGGCGGAUAAGCGUGCCCAAGCGCACAAGCGAGCUGGUAGCACUGAUCGCCGUGUCAUGCACGUUGUUCCUGUUUCUGCACACCCGGGACCUCAGCACCAAGCUGCGCCGCAUGGAGGGCAGGCUCAACGAUGACGUCACCGCCUUCAACCACCUCACCGACCGGAUAGAGACGGGCCUGGCGGGCUAUGCGUCGGCGCAGGAACACAAAGAUGCGCUCGAGGCCAUUCGCAGGCACAGCGGCGCGGAGCGCAAGAAACCUCAACGCACACUAGAAGCGGAGCCCGAAGAUGCUCAAGAAGAAAUGGAGCAGUAUUUAGAAGAGAUACUUCCCGAGCCGUGGGAAUUGAACAACACUGCUCGCGCCGGCAUGGAACUACUGUUCUUUAACCGGGUGCCGAAAGUUGGCAGUCAGACUUUCAUGGAAAUGCUACGAAGGUUGGCGGCUCGGAAUCAGUUCGGGUUCCACCGGGACGCUGUGCAGCGCGUGGAGACCAUCCGUUUAGCACCAGCCGACCAACAAGUGCUGGCCAGCAUCGUCACUGCGCACGCGCCGCCCGCCUCCUACAUCAAGCACGUCUGCUAUACUAACUUCACCAGGUACGGCUACCCAUCUCCGAUCUACGUGAACGUGGUGCGGGACCCGGUGGAGCGCGUCAUCUCGUGGUACUACUACGUGCGGGCGCCGUGGUACUACGUGGAGAGGAAACGCGCGUUUCCCGACCUGCCGCUGCCGGACCCAGCUUGGUUGAAGAAGGAUUUCGAGACGUGCGUGCUGAGCGGCGACCGCGAAUGUCGAUACGUGGAGGGAGAAACGCACGAGGGCAUCGGAGACCAUCGCCGGCAAACACUCUUCUUCUGCGGACACGAACCUCAAUGCACGCCGUUCAACAGCGUAGAAGCCCUGCAGCGCGCUAAGCGUGUUGUGGAGGAGCAGUAUGCUGUGGUGGGUGUGUUGGAGGACAUGAACUCCACCCUGUUGGCUCUCGAGAGAUACAUCCCUAGGUUCUUUCAAGGCGCCUCCAAGCUGUACUGGGAGGAACUCAACACAUUCAACCGCAUCAACCGCAACGCCUUCAAGCCGCCUGUAUCCGAAGCCGUCAAGAACAUGGUCCGCGCGAACUUCACUCGCGAAAUAGAAUUCUACGAGUUCUGCAAACAGCGCCUCCAUCUGCAACUCAAGGCGUUGCGAGAACCCGGAGUAACGCUGCCGGUCUCGCAGCGAGUCAAGCGGCGAGCGAUGAAGAAGAGGUUCAGACGAGUGUAGCGACUAUUUUAGUGUAAAGUGGCAGUUAAUAAGCACCCGCGAGUGUUGAACACUUUUUGGGUAGGUACAGUUGAGGUGUUCAAUAUCGACACGGACAAAGUUUUAAUAUAAUAUGUAUAGGUACACCAUUUUGUUUCUAAUAAGUAUAGGCGGGCAAGCACGGUCGCCUAUCACAUCAGGCCGUUAUUUGUAAGUGUGAUAGGGACGCACCAACGCGAUCAGGUUUAUCACACUAGUGAUGCUACGCCCGCAGGUCGAUUCACAGGACUGAGUUACAGGGGUUCGAAUGGAACGAAUGAGUGAAUGAAAAUGGCAGCUGUUGAGAUAAAAAAAAAUAGUACAUUAAGUACGAUACAAGUGCGUAAAAAAGUGCGU